CGACCCUCCCUUUUCUCCAGGUCACUCCCUAUGAUGCACACCUAGGGAAAGAAAAUAGUGUUACAAAGAAAGACUCACAUCACCAAAACAUCUGUCUCAUUACUUGAGUUUUUCUCCCAUGGAAUUUUGAAAUCCUGGAUUUGAAUUGAUUUUUCCUCCCCCUUUUGUAUUAGUAUUUUUGCUCUUGAUUUUGAACAUGGCCAAUUCUGGAAUACAACUUCUUGGCUUCUCACUAGCCUUUCUGGGCUUCAUUGGCGCCAUCGCAUCCACCAUCAUGGUGGAAUGGAAGGCUUCAUCGUACGCUGGAGACAACAUUGUUACAGCUCAGGCGCUUUAUGAAGGCCUUUGGAAGUCAUGUGCAGCACAGAGCACGGGCCAAGUUCAGUGCAAAGUGUAUGAUUCAAUUCUCCAACUACCAGGCAUUGUUUUGGGCACACGAGGACUGAUGUUGGCGGCCAUCUUUAUCUGCUUGAUUGCCCUCUUGGUGGCAACGAUGGGCAUGAAGUGCACCACGUGUUUGGCAGACCAGCCGGAGCAGAAAAACAAAGUGGCUUUAAGUAGCGGAAUCAUCCUGAUUAUAGCUGGUCUGCUUGCUCUGGUGGGAACAUCUUGGUACGGCCACAGAAUAGCCCAGGAAUUUUACAACCCGUUCACACCGACCAAUUCCAGGUAUGAAUUUGGAAGCGCCCUGUAUGUGGGAUGGGGAGCUGCAAGCCUCAUCAUGAUCGGGGGAGGCUUCCUGUGCUGCAACUGCUCCAAAAACGACUCGGGCAAAGCUUCACGCUACCCACGAACAAACCCGGCCAGCAACUCGGGCAAAGACUACGUGUAGAUUGGCUUUCUAAGCAGAACAAACGGGCCAUUGUAGGUUGUUAUGUAGGAUUUAUUGUGCAAGAUGUAUAUUGAUAUGUGUCACACAGUCUGUUCAUUUGCGGUACCUUUGUUUUUAUUUUAAAUAGGACAGCCCGAACAUAAGCAUCAUUUUUAUUAUCAUUCUCAUGUACACUGGCGACAACUAACUGGAUGAGUUUACAUCAAUAAAGCAAUAUUUGCUAUGGA